AUGAAAACAUCUCCACCCAACGAGGUAUCAAUGAUAAGGGCCCCCAAGCGAAAUGCGAAUCAACUUCGCAACAGAGGGCUGAUAACCAAAGACCUCCUUCAAGAAGUAAAGAUGCACAACUCCGUCUCACGAUUACACUUGUCAGUGAAUGAUUCGGCUGGCAACAAAACGUUUGACGAAUGUUACGAAAAAGAGGAACUACUAGGAGAAGGAGGAUUCGCCGAUGUCUUUCGAUGUCGGCACAAGGCUAGGGGAACCACCUAUGCUGUGAAGGAAAUCCACAACGGGAAUUACGAAAACUACGGUGAGAACAUCAAGGACGAGAUAAAGACAAUGAAGCGACUUCGAGACGGCUGCAAUAUCAUUCAGCUCCUCGAUGUCUUCCGCCAACCGGAUAGAACAUUUUUGAUCAUGGAAGAAAUGGAGGGUGGAGACUUGUUGGAGAGACUAUAUGAUAAGAUUUCCUUUACCGAACAAGAUGGACGGCGUAUCGCGCGAAAGCUCAUUGAAGCUGUUCGAUACUGUCACAAGAAAAACGUUGCUCACCGAGAUAUCAAGCCUGAGAAUGUUUUGCUGACAAGUCAAUCCAACAACAGUGACAUUCGACUCGCCGACUUUGGCUGUGCCAAAUACAUGGACAAGCCCAACUGCUUGAUGACUCUGUGCGGGUCUGCUCAGUAUUGUGCACCCGAACUGUACACACACACGAAUGGAUACAGUGAGAAGUGUGAUAACUGGAGCAUUGGUGUAGUCAUCUUCAUCUUGUUGGGCGGAUAUGCCCCCUUCGACGAGGAAGACGACAAAGUUGAACCCCUUGUCUGUGAAGGCAAGUUCAAAUUCCACAAGUGUUACUGGGAGCAUGUAUCUGAAGCAUGCAAGAAUGUCAUUCGAGGAUUCAUUACAGUGGAUGCCAAGAAACGAAUGACUCUGGAGCAAGCCCUGGAUAGCAAAUGGCUGCGCCGUCGUGAUAUGGAAUCGUUGAGCCUCGAUGGUUCCUGUUCCACCUUUGACGCCUGGGUACGAAAGCAAAAUGAAUCCAACUCAUCAUUUUCCUUGGAAGGCACAAGUUCCCGAACGACUCGAACGGCUUACAAAUUCGACACUGCGAGUGUUUGUGAAGAGAUUGGAGAACACAAAGACGAAGUCGAUGAGGACGAUGGGGCCUCAACCUGUUCCUUGUCACUUGGGGAUUUAUGA